UGCAACAACUUAUCCACUUUAGCGCGCUUCCAUACUUCUGCCUGCUGGCGAGAUGCCAGGCACCGUGGCAUCCCCGUAUUGGUUCUCGGAGACCUUCGGGUUCAGCGAGGAGAGCUUCGACAAGACCCGUGAGAAGUUCACCUUUGCCGAUGGGAUUCUGGAAAGCAAGGCAUUCGAGGCAUGCAUCAACACUGCGGGCAUUUUGACUCUGACACGGCGGCUGUGGGUUUUGGUGUCAGGACUUGGUGUCACAAAGCGCCAGUUCCAUGUCGGGCCUUUCGAGCUGGUCUCAGUGGAAGAGCUGCGGGAAAGGCUGGCAGGCUUUGAUGGAAGUUUGGGAGGUUUGACCUUCAGCAAUGUUUGCGGGAAUGCCCAGACGCUGCACCGAGACGCGGCCAAUGAGGGCGCUGUGUUCCAGGUGGCCUCGCAAUUCAACUGCCUGGAGAUGAACGAGCCUGGCGCACGCCCAGAGGAUGGAGUGACCCGCUACUACAGCGAUGCCACACAGGGCCCAGCAUGUGCUGUGAGCUGUCCAGCGGGCACUGUCUUCCGGAACUACUUCGUGAACGGCAGUGGCCAAGGGCGAGGACGUCAGCUGGAUGGCUUGGCAGAGAUUGGGGAACUGGUCAACAACGCCAAAGAGAAGUAUUGGCGGAUGGUGAAUGGAUACUGCCUGCCCACAGACUCCAAAAGCUUGGCGCGGUUGGGCCAACGAAUCAAAGAGGACGAGAAACUCUCGGAUGAGAUUCGCAACCGCCUGCGGAUUGGUGUCCACUGGGACACUGAAGUGGCGAACAAAGAGCACCGUGUUUGCCAAGUCUUUUGCUCCGCCUUGCCCGUGGCCUAUGCGAAGAGCACCCGAUCCCAAGACUGGGAAGCUUUUGCACGCUUGGUGCUUCAAGGGACUUUUGAAGCCACUUUGGCCAUUGCUGCCAUCCUCAGCGCAGAGCGGCAAGCACGCGUGAAGGUCUACCUCAGUGCAGUCGGGGGGUGGCGCCUUCGGGAAUCGCACCCUGUGGAUCGUGGAUGCCAUCGAACGAGCCCUCAGGACUCACGCAGAUGCACCGCUGGACGUGAUGUUGGUCCACUUCAGCUCAGUGCCACGGGGUGCAUACGGAGACCUGGAGAAGGGCAGAAAGAAGAUCCGGCCGGCGCCCAAGAGCCUUGGUGGGGAAGGUGGUGCAACAGGCAUUGGUUCAAAAGGUGUAACUUGGGUCUGAGGAUGUCCGUAAGUCAGUUCGAUGAUAUAUAUAACUAUAUAUAUAUAAGUAUAUGUGCAUUAGUAUAUACAUAUCUAUUCUAA